AUGUCCUACUCUCACCACACCUAUCCUCAACCUCGGCCGAACGCAUCCAACCUUCCUGUCGAACUCAUUGGCGAGGUCUUCCGCCACUACAUCCAGAACAUCUCUGACGAACGUUCUCUUCCAUCUGACGACCCCGAGCUCCCACCGGAUGAUACGAGGACGAUCGACCGCCUGACUACUCUACCCACUGGUCAAAUCGAUUCCCCGUUACUCUUAAGCCAAGUAUGUCGAUCAUGGCGGUACACCGCGGUCACGACUUCUUCACUGUGGACAUCCCUAUCCGUCAAGAAUCCCACCCCAAUUGACGUCAAAACAGUUGAAACCUGGCUUGCGCGGUCGAAAAAUAGGCCUCUCGAUAUCACGCUUGAACACUCCAUCCUGUCUACCGCACCGACCUGGACUCCCCCUCGAAACCACACCAGUGCACAAGAAGACGGGUACGUCGACCCGGCGUUCUGCCACUUCGACUAUGAAGAUAACUCGGACGACGAGGAUCGACGCGCGCUCCACGACGAAAUUGAGACUUCGUUUCGAUCGAUUUUCAACAUGGUUAUGGCUCAAUCCCAUCGAAUACGUACGUUGACGAUAAAGAUUACCUCUGGGAAACGUGAUCUAGGGCUAGACUGGACAGGUAAAGAGUUCCCUAUCCUCACGGAAUUCGACGUCUCGGAGCUGUGGUGGGACAGGGAAUCCAGAUUCUCUCUCCAAUCCGCGUUAUGCCAAUCUCGGGCCCUAACUAAAGCGGCGAUGGGCGGAUCUCUCGAGUCACCCAUCUAUCCUCGACUAGGAGGCAUUCAAAGUCACUGGACCCGGCUCAUCGAAUUAAAGAUCUCGAUGACAAGUACGUAUGAGCUUCUGGAGCUUCUAACCCUUUGCAGGUCGCUUCGCAGACUGGAAGUUACAUGGGGUGUGGGGUGUAUUGACACUGAACUUCUAGAUCGCAAGUGGGUCUCCAACGGCGACGGAGACGACAGGCGGCAGCGAUGUAUCGCCCCUCUCCUCGAAUCUCUCUCGGUCAAGUUUGCUUCUCCACCUGACAGGCUCCCAUUCCAGCUCUUCUGGUACCUUUCUGCUCCAAAUCUCAGCUCGCUCUCGGUUUCUCGAGCAAUUUGGGACACUCCACCACACGCUAAAACACUUCAGGAGCAAGAGGAGGAUGUUGCAGCUUUUUCGCGUGCGUUUGGACAUUUCUCGAUGCGUUCGGAGUUCUCGUUGAGAAAGCUUGAUCUCUCGCUUGGCUGGGCUAUCGAUACUGAUGACGGCAUUAGAUCCAUUUUGCGAGACCCUGGAGUACAGCAUCUCGAACGUCUGGGUGUACGCGACUGCGUAGUGGGCGAUGAAACACUUGAAGAGCUUAUGUUCCGCCUGGGAAGUUGGUAG